AUGGCAGUCGCAUCGAUACAAGAUCGCACGUCCGAGUUCCGGUCGGUGCUCGCGCAGGCCCAGCGUCGACAGAACACGGGCAAGGGGGGCGCGCAGAAGCGCUCGCUUUUAACGGACUCCCAAAAGGCGGCAGCCAACGGGGAUGGACGGCCACGACGAUCCGACUUUGCUCGCCAGGCGGCCGAGAUUGGAAGGGGGAUCUCUGCAACGAUGGGCAAGUUGGAGAAGCUGGCGCAGUUGGCCAAGCGACGAACCAUGUUUGACGAUCGACCAGUCGAGAUCAACGAGCUCACCUUUGUCAUCAAGCAGGACCUGUCGGCGCUGAACCAACAGAUUGGAGGCCUGCAGGCCCUGACGCGGCAGCAGCAGCGCCCCGGUGCCGACCAGGAGAGCGAGCACAACAAGAACGUUGUCUACAUGCUGCAAGGCAAGCUGACGGACGUGUCAGUCAACUUCAAGGAUGUCCUCGAGGAGCGCACUAAGAACAUCCAGGCAUCGCGUUCUCGCACCGAGAACUUCGUCUCGUCCGUGUCUCAGCAUGCCCAGCCCACGAUCCAGCAGUCCGCCUCUCCGCUCUACGGCACCCCUAACAGGGCGUCGCCAGCCCUCGGAAGAGGCGCGGGGGGUGCAAGCGGCGGAGACACACUCUCCCUUGAGCCCGUGAGUGACCAGCAGAUGCUCCUCAUGGAAGAGGCUCAGGCUCCCUCCAAUUCUUAUAUCCAGCAGAGAGGUGAGGCCAUUGAGGCCAUUGAGAACACCAUCUCUGAACUCGGAAGCAUCUUUGGCCAGCUGGCUACCAUGGUGACGGAGCAGAGCGAGAUGAUUCAGCGCAUCGAUGCCAACACCGAGGACAUCGUUGACAAUGUCGACGGCGCGCAGAGGGAGCUGCUCAAGUACUGGUCUCGUGUGUCGAGUAACCGGUGGCUCAUUGCCAAGAUGUUUGGCGUCUUGAUGAUUUUCUUUCUACUCUGGGUCCUCGUCUCUGGAUAG